AAGGUAUGGCAACACUAUGAUAUCAAAAAUAUUAAUGCGAAGUGAAUACAGCAAUGACAAUUUCAAGUUGAUAAUUCAAAUAUUAAGCGGUCAAUUUUUUUUUUGAAAAUCUGUAAAAUAUAUUUGCAACAUGAAUAACUCAAGUCACUAUAUGUCUCCGAAUAGAAUUAUAAAAAGCAAUUCUAAAGCAGUUUUUAGUGAGGGAAAGUCAACGUUGCGGGAUGGUGUUCUCCUGAACUGUGCACAAAAACGUUUAAAUACUAAUAUUAAUAGUGUUAAAAAUGAACUCGAUGAAUCAGAAUUAUUAAAAGAUUCUCCAAUUAUAUCGUCGCCAUCCACAUCACGUUGCAAAUCUAAAAAUUCUGUUAUAAAUGCUUGCUACACUCCAUCAUCUCUGUUUCGCAGUGCGAAUGCAUGUUCAACACCAAUUAGUGGACGAAGCACGAAGAAAUCUAAGCAAUGUCUCAUGAAUUCUAGUCGAAAAAAUAAUGAUGCUGAGGAUCGUUUAAAAGUCGCUGUACGCGUUAGACCAUUAAAUGCCAAGGAGUGUUUGAUUGCUUCUGUAUCUAAUAUUAUAAGGGUAAAUAACAACGAAGUAACUGUUUUGGUUGGCUCCAGUGCUGAUGCAUCAUCAGGUGUCAGCCACUCAUUUACAUAUGAUCAUGUUUUCUCCAGUUGCAAUCCUGAUUCGCCAGAUUAUGCGCAUCAAAAGGACGUUUUUUUAAAAACAGCACAGCCAUUAAUUGUUCGUUCUUUUGAAGGCUAUAACACAUGUCUUUUUGCAUAUGGCCAAACUGGUUCUGGAAAAUCGUAUAGCAUGAUGGGCAUUGACACACUGGAAAGCUUUGACAGACAAGAAAAACAUUUACACAGAGUUGAAAUGAAUGCUGAUGCGGGAAUAAUUCCAAGAUUUUGCCAUGAGCUUUUCCAGUAUAUAGAAAAUGGAAAAGAAAAAUUCCAUGCCGAAGUCGAAGUCAGUUAUUUUGAAAUUUAUAAUGAAAAAAUCCAUGAUCUACUUUGUGUUACACAAGACAUGGAAAACAGUACUAAUGGAAGACUUUUGGGGGGAACGCCAAUAAAAAUGAACAGAAAGGCUCUUAAGGUCCGCGAACAUCCCAUUUGGGGUCCAUAUGUCGUCGAUCUCAGUGUACAUCCAGUAGAUUCAUUUGAGGCCUUACGAAAUUGGUUAAUUGUUGGUAACUCCCAGCGUGCCACGGCAGCUACUGGAUUGAAUGACAAAAGCUCCCGUUCACAUUCUAUUUUUAAUAUAAUGCUUAAAAUAAAUAAAUCGGACUCCAUUGAAUGCAAGGGCAGCAAUAAAAUUGAGCAAUCUCGACGCAGUAAAAUAAGUCUUGUUGACUUAGCAGGCAGUGAACGUAUAAGUGGUUCGAGCAGUGAAAGAAUACGCGAGGGAGUACACAUCAAUAAAAGCCUCCUUACAUUAGGAAAGGUUAUAUCGGCACUUUCAGAUGAUCGAAAUAGUUCUGUAUUCGUACCAUAUAGAGAAAGCGUUCUUACGUGGCUUUUAAGGGAAAAUCUUGGAGGUAAUUCAAAAACAGUUAUGUUAGCAACCAUAUCUCCUGCAAGUAUUCAUGUAGAUGAAACACUGGCUACUCUAAGAUAUGCUUGCCAAGCUCGCCGCAUAGUAAAUAGAGUGAAAGUAAAUGAAUCUGAGCACGAUAAAGUAAUUAGAGAAUUAAAAUCUGAAGUUGAAAGGUUAAAAUCGUUGCACUAUGAAUACGAACGCCAGAAGCGGCAUUCUAUUAGUACAAAUGCAACUCCAAGAACAAUUGUAAUUGAGACUUCAAAUAUAAAUGAAACUGAAAUUGAGAGUCUAAGAGAACAGCUUUCAGAAAGAGAAAAAGAACUUCAGCUUGCACAAAAAUCAUGGAUGGAACGUUUGAAAGAGGCUGACGAUUUAAGAAAAUCUGGUCUACAUUUACUUAAGCGAAAAGGGCUUGCAAUAGAACUAGAUAAAGAACAGAAACAUGCUUGUCUGAUCAAUUUAACAGAAGAUCCAAUGCUAACUGAAACUCUAUUUUAUAUAAUACCAAGGGGAUGUGUGAAAAUUGGGCGAACAAGAUCUACCUUAAGUGGUACAAAACCAGAUAUAAUUCUUGAUGGACCACUCGUAGCUCACAAUCAUUGUAUUAUUGAAAAUAUAAAUGGCGAACUUUAUGUUACCCCAGAAAACGAAGAUUUUGAAACAUAUUUAAAUGGAGAAUUAGUCAAAAGUAAGAAACAAAUUUUUCAUGGAGAUCGGUUAGUUAUUGGAGGGUCUCAUUUUUUCCGAGUUUCUAAUCCUUUUUGUUCGCAGAAAGAGAAGAAAAAGAAAAUGGCUGACUUUUAUCAGGCCUAUCAGGAGGUACUUGAAACUCAGGAAGAAAAAUUACGUCUUGAAUUGGAGGAGGAGAAGCGAAUCGCAUUGUCUCACAUUGAAACGAACCGUAUUGAGCAUGAAAGAGAUGUUAAGGAGCGCAUGGAUAAAAUUGAAUUAGAGCAACUAAUGUUGAAAUGCAACAAGGAAAUUCUGGAAUCAGAGAGAAAAAUAAUUGAUGAAAACAAAAAUAAUUUAAAAACCAUGGAAUCGGAUAUGUUCUUAAUCAAGCCUGCGAAAAUUAAUGAAUCUAAACUGUAUGACGAAAUUAAUAAUAUUAUGCAACAACCAAGUCAAGGAAGCUUGCACAAAGUACAAUUAUUGGUGAAAGAAGCCACGCAACAUUGCCGCAAUCAUGGCUUAUUGUACGAAUUUAAACAGUCAAAAGUAAUUGACGAAUUUGGAAUAUUUCAGACUAAAAUAUUAAUAAUAGACAAAGGAAAUGAACUUAAGGCUGAAUGGCCUAUUGCCAGACUCGAAGUUUGGCUCGAAAGUAUUCGUGAACAAGAAAAUUGGAAUUCAAAAAACAUAUUCAAUUGUUUUGACAUUGAGUGGGAAAAAAUGGACAUUAGCUUAAAUGAUAGCGUUCAUGACUCACUCAAUGCUAGUCGAAUUAAUCUAAAUAUAAGUGCGUUUAAAGAAACUAUUUUAAAGGCAGAGAUUUCGAAACCACAACAAAUAAAUAAUUCGGCAAAUUACAAAACUAAUAAAGAAAUGGAUUUUGAAAAACUAGUAAAAGCACAUAUUCAAAAAAUCCAAUAUUCCACGAUAAAAUUAAGAGAUAUUUGUAAAAUACAUGAAAAUGACAAUAAUUUAGUGUAUAGCAAAGCAUCGCGAGUAUUAUCUGAAUCAAUAGAACGAUUAGAAUAUACAUUAAAUAUAAUGCAAACUUGUUUUGAUGAAGUUCAUUUGGAUAAUACAAAAAGUGUUCGAUUCCUAAUGGAUUGAAUUUAUAUAGAUUAAUAUGCUCAAAAUAAAACAUUAUAUUGUCAAGAAAGAUAA